UCCACAUAAGCUUAAUCAUGAAAAAUAGUCUUGAAUCAUUGGGACUGGUCCGAUGCGUUAGCCCUAACUACUGUAUCGGGAUAAGAAUAUUGCAUGUCAGGAUUAGUGAUCAAGAACCAUAGCCUCGGACUGUCUCCGCAUUCAGGAUUCUAUCAGUAUGGACAGGAUAAGGCAGUUUACUGUAGCUGAGAAUCGUUAUAAACAAGGUCAUGGUGACAAUGUCUGCACAGCCAUGUCGUCAUCUUCUCAACUCUACUACUAUACAUAAAAUAUCCAUAUCUCCACUGGCAGAGCCAUCAACAGAAUGUCCUCCCUCCGCGCAGCAGUAUACAUCGCCCCACCGACCCCCUUCAAAACGCCCGGCAAGGGAAGCGGCGGUGGUCUCUGGUCCCCCAUUUCCUGCACGCUGGUCUACUCAGCCACCGAGGCCGUCCUGGUAGACACGCCUAUCACCAUCAAACAGACACAGGACUUGAUAGCCUGGAUCGAGCGCAUCGCGCCGAAGCGGAAGCUGUCAUACAUCUACAUCACACAUGGCCAUGGCGAUCACUUCUUCGGUCUUCCACUGCUGCUUCAGCGCUUCCCUGAGGCCAAGCCCGUAGCUACGGCCGCCACGGUGCAGCAUAUGAAGCAGCAGGUCGAAGAGAAGAACUAUCAGGCUCAAUGGGAAUCGCGAUUCCCCGGAGAGAUCACGAGACCGUUCGUCUUGGCGCAACCGUUGCCGGGAAGCAACGAGUUUAAGCUGCAGGACAGAUGGCGGUUCCAGGCCAUCGAGGUUGGGCACUCGGACACGUACGAUUCCACCGCGUUGUGGGUCCCCGACCUGCGACUGGCUGUUUGUGGGGAUAUAGUGUAUGGACAGGUGCACCAGAUGCUCUUUGAGGCUAAUACCGCCGCCAAGCGCGAGGAGUGGAUAAGAGCAGUGGAGAAGAUCGAAGCUCUGGAUCCGUUGUAUGUGGUACCGGGCCAUUGCCAGGAGGGGGAGGUUUUGGGUCGCUGGCACCUCGCCAACACAAAACAGUAUAUCAGAGAUUUUGAGAAUGUGCUAGAGAAGAAUCCCAAGUCUCCGAGAGAGAUUGUGGAAGCGAUGACCAAGCUGUAUCCCGAUCGGUAUAAUACCGGCGCGCUUAUAAUGGGUGCCAUGGGCUAUUUUCAGGCAUUGAAGGAAUCUCGGAUUUAAGAUUAAUGUAUGUACAUUGGUUCAGGAGGUUAAGUAACCUCAAUCAGAGCUAGUUCAACUGAAUCUGUAGCUGCUCACUAAGUCACUGUAGACUGAAGACUGCUUCUACGUGACUGUUCUUGCGGUAUGCAACAAAGUUCACAGUAUAUUCUGUCAGCGGCUCAGUGGCAGUCCAUCAGCUGCAGGGAACUGUGCCUAAGGCCAAGUGGCCAAUAAAGCGUCCUAUGCUUUGACAGCCCCAUCCUGGGCCAGCAGGACAAUUGUUGUGCUCGUAUGCGUAUCGAUGACCUGACGUUGCUGUGACAGGAAGACAGGUGGGUAUAUCACCUCAACAUGAA